AUGGUCAACGUUCCGAAAACCCGCCGGACGUUCUGCAAGUCCAAGGACUGCCACAAGCACACCCAGCACAAGGUUACCCAGUACAAGGCUGGCAAGGCCUCGCUGUACGCCCAGGGUAAGCGUCGUUACGACCGGAAGCAGAGCGGUUAUGGUGGUCAGACCAAGCCUAUCUUCCACAAGAAGGCCAAGACUACCAAGAAGAUCGUCUUGCGUCUUGAGUGCACGCAGUGCAAGACCAAGAAGCAGCUCUCUCUGAAGAGAUGCAAGCACUUCGAGUUGGGUGGUGACAAGAAGACCAAGGGUGCUGCUCUUGUCUUCUAA